UAAAAUUGGCACCUUAGCGAAGAGGAAGAAGAAGAAAUGUGAAUUCUUGGUGAGAUUUACAAAAUUUCCCGUGAAAAUUCGUUUUUAGCGCAUUGUGAAGUGAAUCUGGGCUUUUGUGGAUAAAUCUCCAGGAGACGCACAAUGUGUAGAGGCUGCUAAGCAAGGAGGGAUCGAUGGUAUUUCUAAGAAUCAUCCAAGAGGUGUGUCUGAACUGAACAAGUGACGCCGGCGGUCUUUUUUUGGUGGAAGAAGAGGAAAAACAAACAAAAAAACCUGAAGAAAGGAUGUCGUGCAAUUCAUCGGGAGAAUCAGAGCCGAAGAAGCCAUGCAAGGGGAUCCUCAAGACGUCCAGCAGCUUCGACAAACAUUCCGUCACUGCAAUGCACCGGAAGAGCGCAAAGUUCGAUGAGCUGAAUGUCCUGCAGACGUACCAUCCGCCAGACAAGGACUAUGGGCACAUGAAGAUUGAAGAACCCAAAACCCCAUACAAUUACAUGGAUAACAGCAUCCACAAUCUCGAUGAAUUGGAUGCCGAAGUACUUGCUGAGAAGCUAAAGGCUGCCAGCGCAAGGACCUCAUCAUUCUCCAGUGAGGAUGACUCAGAAGAGGACACAGAACCAGAGACGGAGGAACAGAAAGCAAAACGACUGGAUUUUGAGUCAAGACGGAAGGCUCACUACAAAGAGUUUGAAGCUGUGAAAUUGGCAAGGAAGCUGAUAGAGGAGGAGGAGGAUGAUGAGGAUGACGAAGAGAGUCCAGGGGGUGACAAUAAGGCGCGGGAUAAGAAGGUGGAUCCCGAUGCCGGUGGGUCCUCCACAUCAACUGCUUCUUCCCAGAAAGAUACCACAAUUCCUUAGAUUUUUUUUAAACUACCAAUUUUUAAGGAUUAUAUAGCAAUGAGAGUAAAUGUAUUUUUUAACUUAUUUUUUAUCGGCUAAUUUAACAAAAAAAAAGUAUUUUUAAAAACAAAUGGAGAUUAAAAAGCUUUGUUUUCUCCCCUCUCUGAUACGUAAUUUUUUUUGUUUUAAUUUUUUUCGUGUGUAUGAAGCAAUUUUCUCUUCGUGCCAGAAAUAUAUUAAAAAAAAAAAAAACGUUUAAAAUUAAAAAAAAAAAUAACCGAGAGGUUUUACCAGCUCCAACACCAUAUUGCAGUGAUUUUUUUUUAAAUUAAUAUACUUUAACUCAAAGCUCAGAGUGUAAACGAACUUCCCUUUGUAUACCAUAAAGAAAGAUUAAUUAAUAAAAAAAAUAAAAUAAAUUGUGAGAAUUCCUUUUGGAAGGAAUUAAAAAAAAAACAAACUUGUAGAAAUAAUUAUACCAUAUUUUUGUAGCUGAUUUUUUUCUGCAUAAUGGAAUUUCUUCUUAAAUGAAAACAUUUUUUUCCUAUAGCUAUUAGUAGUUUUUUUUACCCGCUUAUUUUUGUGAAUACAGAAGGAAUAUUUAUAUAAAAUAUAAACAAUAAUUUUCACAUCGGGACUAUGCUUAAAAGAAAACAAUUUAAUAAAUAAAAUAUAGAGUUUUGUGCGAGUGAAGAAUAAGGCAAUUUUAAUAAAAAUAAGAUUUAAAAGGAUAAAAAAUUGUUGUUAAAAGAAAGGAGAUGAAACAUUUUAAUCAAAUGCUUUUAGAGACCACUUUAGCCACAAGCUUGUAAUUUUUAUUGUUAAAUUAAGAUGCAAGAGGGAGGGAAGUGAUGAGAAGGGGCAACAUGAUUGAAAUAAUAAUAAUUGUAUAAGAUUGGUGAUGUAAAUAAUAAUUUGAACAAUCAAUAUAAGGAUGAGUUUGAAGAGAAAAA